AUGGCAAGCGACGCAUCUGGCGCGGACAUUCUUCGCCGGAAACCCGAGAACUUUGCUGUCUACACCAAUCCCAGCCAUGAACUUUACCUGAAGAAGAUCGAUAUUCCCACCCCGGGCGAUGGAGAAUGUCUAGUACAUGUGCGCGCAACUGGUAUCUGUGGCUCUGAUGUCCAUUUCUGGAAGGCAGGUCACAUUGGUGAAAUGGUGGUCACUGGUGAGAAUGGCCUUGGACACGAAAGUGCGGGUGUUGUUGUUGCAGUUGGUCCCAACACUACCAAGUUCAAGGUCGGUGACAGAGUAGCCUUGGAAUGCGGUAUUCCAUGCAUGAAGGCAUCUUGCUUCUUCUGCCGGACCGGAAGAUACAACGCUUGUCCUGACGUUGUCUUCUACUCAACACCGCCGUAUCACGGAACUCUGACGCGGUAUCAUGUGCACCCGGAAGACUGGCUGCACAAGAUCCCUGAGACAAUUUCUUACGAAGAGGGCUCUCUCCUCGAGCCUCUUUCUGUGGCUUUGACGGGCAUUGAACGGUCUGGUGUCCGUUUGGGAGACCCCGUCGUCAUCUGCGGUGCUGGACCCAUUGGCAUUGUCACCCUGAUGGCUGCCAGCGCAGCUGGUGCCAACCCCAUCGUCAUCACAGAUAUCAAUGAAAGCAGACUACAAAUUGCUAAGAAGGCUAUCCCGAGAGUGCGGACUGUGCUUGUUGCUCCAGGAAAGGAUCCACAAGCCGCAGCUGAAGAUGUGAAGGCUGCACUUGGUCAAGAGGCGAAGUUGGUGUUGGAGUGCACAGGUGUGGAAUCCAGCGUAAUCACCGGCAUUUAUGCGUGCCGUUUUGGUGGCAUGGUCUUCGUCAUCGGUUGUGGGAAGGACUUCGCCACGAUCCCCUUUAUGUACAUGGCUGGAAAGGAGAUCGACUUGCGUUUUCAGUUCCGUUACCGCGAUAUCUACCCAAGAGCCAUCGGUCUUGUAUCUGAGGGUAUCAUUGACUUGAAGCCCCUAGUCACGCACCGCUAUACUCUUGAGGAGGGAGAAAAGGCCUUCAAGACUGCUUCGGAUCCCAGUGCAUUGGCAUUGAAGGUUCAAAUCAUUGACGAAUGA